AUGGCUGACGUACCGCCUCCAUCACUGUCCGAACUCAUGCAAAUGGUAGCUGAGCUACAACAAGCUAAUCAGCGGAUGGCUAACGAGAACCAAAUAAUGGCUGCUCAAAUUGCCGAACUAAAUCAUGCUCGGAUUGAACACAAUGAUGCUCAUCGCCAACAGGCGGAGGACGAGGAACAUCAAUCCCAACCGACCCAUGUUUCAGAAACCGCUCAACAUGAAGAGCAGCAGCAGGAAGACAUGAAAGAAGAAUCCGAGGACCUUGUAGGCCCUUUCACAGAAGAAGUAAUGAAUUUCGAACUGCCGAAGAGGUUCACUCUGCCGUUGACCCUCACACCUUACGAUGGACUUGGAGACCCAAAGAAGUUCAUAAAGAAAUUCCGAUCAAUAAUGAUCGUCAAUGGUUCCAUUUCGCGCUUUUAUCAGCUGGCGAAGUUAUUCGAAGAACAUUUCGCCGGAUCUGCAAUAUACUUGCACGAUUCCGAUUACCUGAACACCAUCAAGCAAGGAACGAACGAAAGCCUAAAGGACUACAUGACUCGCUUUACCAAGGUCGCAAUCAACAUACCAGAUCUCCAUCCCGAAGUCCAUCUACACGCAAUUAAAAGCGGCCUCCGACCUGGAAAAUUCCAGGAAACAAUCGCAGUAGCAAAACCGAAGACCCUAGCAGAAUUUCGUGAGAAAGCAAAAGGACAAAUUGACAUCGAGGAGCUCCGACAAGCUCGGAAAUCUGACAAGUCACACUUCCGCGAAGAAGAUAAGAGUUCAACCAUUAAGAAAAGUUUUAAACUAACACCCAGAUUUGAUUCUUAUACGCAGUUCAACACCAAAAGGGAGGACAUAAUCAAGGAGAUCUUGAACUCCAAACUAAUUAAGCCACCAAGAAAGGCCGGCACAUACCAGGAUGCAAAACACGCGGACAAAUCAAAGUACUGCGCUUUCCACCAAAAACACGGCCACAACACUGAUGAUUGUGUGGUCGCCAAAGACCUCUUAGAACGACUAGCAAGACAAGGACACCUAGACAAAUACAUUAGUGGUCACAUCCAAAAGCGCAGCCACAGUUCCACAACAAACGACCUCUCUGAACAAAAAAGAUAA